AUGCAUUUCCAGAAAAAAGGACUCACAUAUUCAAAGCAUGGAUGCUUGCAAUGUAAAAAAGCUCAUGCAAAAUGUGAUGAGACCAAACCAGUUUGUGAUAGGUGUAAGAGGACUUUUAAAAAAUGUGAUUAUCAAACAGCUUUUAUCAUAAAGACUUUCCAAAACUCAAAUUUAAAUUCAAAUACAAUCAAUAAAGAUUCAAGUAGUAAUCAUACAUUCACUACAACCACAACUAUCAAGAGAUCUGCAUCCAAUAAACAUUCUUCAAAAAACAAUAACACUUCAAAACAUAAUAACAUUCUCAAUACUUUUAAUUCAAGACCUUCUGUACGACAAGAGUUGACUAAUGAUAUCCAAAAUCAAUCAAAUAGUAAUAUCAUGACCACUACUCCCUUGGCAAAUAAUAAUCAAACCACAGUAACAACAACUAUAACUACAACGUCUCCCACAAAUUUAAUACCUCAACAGCAAAACUUGCCCACUUAUUCUCUUAUCUUACCAAAGGCAGAUCCAAUCCAGCUUCCAAACAACGAAUAUAGUUCCUCUUUAGGUAAUAACGAUAAUUCCCAUAAAAAUAUGAAAAAAAAUGGUAAUAUUCUGAAACCUUUUUAUUUUGUAAAACCGAACCCAAGAGUAUUUUUCCCUCCAAGAGAUAUUAAUCUUUUAAAUCUUUUGAAUUUGGAUUCCAAUAUUAAUAAUUUAAAAGUCGAUGAUUCAAUUCUUUCCUCAUUUACUUUAAAAGAUUCGGAUAUAAUUGAGACUAUUCAAUUGAUUAAAGAAAAUGAUUUGACCACGCUAUUGAAAGAAGAUCCUUUAUUGAAGUCUUUAAUAGAUAACAAUAUUAAUAUUAAUGAAUUGGAUAAUUUAAUAAAGACAAAUUCCUCAAAGGAUAAUGAUUCUACAAAGGGUAAUACUUCCGUAGAGAACACUUCCGCAAAAGAUAAAAAUUCAAUAGAUGAGGAUUCAAUUUCUAAUAAAGUUUCAUUUAAUGAUCCAAACUUUUUAUUAUUCUAUUGGAAAGUUUUCAUCGGUUCAUCAAUAGAUGGCCCCAUGAAAUUAUUCCCCGUUGAAACAAUUCUAUUAACUUUUAAAAGUUUUUUCCAAUUAAAUGUAACAAAAUUUCCCGCAUUGAUUCAUAUCUUAAGGUAUUUAACUUCCAUAAUUAUGAAAUCUUAUUAUCAAUCAAUUAAUAAUUUAAAAUUAAUGGAAGUUUGGGAUAAAUACAUAAAAUUACCAACUUUACAAAUUUGUUUAAAUCAUUUAAAUCAUUUAAUAGAUAAUUAUGAAACUGAUUUCAAUUUAAUUUACUUGAUACUUUUCACUGGAAUCUCUUUAAUCUCUUACGACUGGGUUAAAAACUUAAACUGGAGAUCACAUUUUAAACAAAUGAUUCAUAUGAUGUUGAAGAUUAAUGAAUGCUUUCAAAUCGAUAAAUACUCUUUUGAUUCCAUAGAUCCAAACUUAUUAUUAAUCUUGAAGUAUUAUAAAUUAUGGCUACCCUAUAUUGAAAUGUGUGCCUUGCUUUUAAGCAACGAAGGUUGUGCAAUUGAUUCCAUAAAUGAUGUAAAUUAUUUUCUAACUUCAUCAUUUUUUUUAAAUGAUUAUAAUAAUUCAAAUUUAAUUGAUAAUAAUUGCUUCUUGGUAGACGGGAAAUUUAAUUUAAUAACUGGCUAUAUUAUUGAUUACAAUAAUUUAUUUGCUAAAUUAUUCAAAUUUAAUAUCUCUUUGAAAAAUGAUUAUAAUAUAAACUUAUCAGGUGCAAAUAUUAUCAAAUUUAAAUUAUUAAACAAUUCAGAGGAACUUAAUCAAAAAUUAUUCAACAUAGGCUGCAUUUUAUCUGAUGAAUUGAAUCAAAUUAAUAAAGAUCUAGAUAUUAGUAAGAUACUAAAAAAUAUUAAAGAUAUACAAUUAAGAUUAUCCAUGAGAAAUAGUAAUAAAAUUUGUUCUUUAAUAAUCUCUUUAUAUCUAAGAUUUUUUUUCCUAAAUGAAGAUAAGAAUAAUCCUGAUUCAAUUACAUCCUCUUUAGAAAAAGUUUUAGAAUAUUGGUAUUCAAUGCCAAUUGUAGAUUCCAUAGGGGUAUCUUCACAUUGGACCUUAUCUAUUGGUGCAAAUAUUGCUUUAACAAUGGGGAAUAAAGAUUUAUUUGAUCAAUAUAUAUCAUUAUUAGACAAACAUUCGACCAAUAAACCUCAUAUGGUAAAGAAAGGCUUAGACCAAUUGAAUUUGUUAUACAAUUCUGUAAAAGAAAAUAAAUUAGAUCAACUGGUUGAUCCAAAAUUUGAUAUCCCAUUUUAA